AAUCCCAAUAUCACAUCAUCAUCAUCUUCCUUCCUUAAAAAAAAACCCAUCUCCAUUUUCUUUUUCCAUCAUUCUCUGCUUUCUUGCCUUGCCUUGCCUUGCCUACUCUCUCCCACUCCCAUUCCCCCAUUAGCAUGCCCCAAAGGUUACGCCAUUUUUAAGGUGAAAAAACAAGUAGUUACACAAUUUAAAUGGGUUUUUGAAGAUAUUGCUGGUGAUCCAAUUUUCUUGGAGGGGUUCUCAAGAAGAACGAAGGAUGAUGGCGGUGACGUCGGCCUGCAAGGACGGGAGCAAGGCGAUAAUGGACAAUGGGAAAUAUGUGAGGUAUACGCCGGAGCAGGUGGAAGCUCUGGAGAGGCUUUACCAUGACUGUCCCAAGCCCAGCUCCAUGCGCCGUCAGCAGCUCAUAAGAGAGUGUCCCAUUCUCUCCAACAUCGAGCCGAAGCAGAUCAAAGUUUGGUUCCAAAAUCGCAGAUGCAGAGAAAAACAGAGGAAAGAGGCAUCACGCCUUCAAGCUGUGAAUAGGAAGUUGACGGCAAUGAAUAAGCUAUUAAUGGAAGAGAACGAUAGACUGCAAAAGCAGGUCUCGCAGCUGGUCUACGAGAACAGUUUCUUCCGCCAACAAACACAGAAUACGACCCUUGCCACCACAGAUACGAGCUGUGAAUCGGUGGUGACGAGCGGUCAGCACCAUCUGACUCCUCAGCAUCCGCCCAAGGAUGCCAGCCCUGCUGGACUUCUGUCCAUUGCAGAGGAAACUUUAGCAGAGUUUCUGUCAAAGGCCACUGGAACUGCUGUGGAGUGGGUCCAAAUGCCUGGGAUGAAGCCUGGUCCGGAUUCCAUUGGAAUCGUUGCUAUUUCUCAUGGUUGCACUGGAGUGGCAGCUCGUGCAUGUGGACUUGUGGGUCUUGAUCCUACAAGGGUCGCUGAUAUCCUCAAAGAUCGGCCUUCGUGGUUUCGUGAUUGCCGAGCCGUGGAUGUUGUAAACGCAAUAUCCACUGGAAAUGGUGGAACCAUUGAACUGCUUUACAUGCAGCUCUAUGCGCCAACAACCUUAGCAUCAGCUCGUGACUUCUGGUUGCUGCGGUAUACGUCUGUUUUGGAGGAUGGUAGUCUGGUGGUCUGUGAAAGAUCACUCAACAACACUCAGAAUGGUCCAAGUAUGCCACCUGCGCCAAAUUUUGUGAGAGCAGAAAUGCUGCCUAGUGGUUAUCUGAUUAGACCUUGUGAAGGGGGUGGAUCGAUCAUUCACAUAGUUGAUCACAUGGAUUUAGAGCCUUUGGGUGUUCCUGAAGUGUUGCGUCCACUUUAUGAGUCAUCAACAUUACUUGCUCAGAAAACAACAAUGGCGGCUCUGCGUCAUUUGAGGCAAAUUUCUCAAGAAGUAUCCCAGCCAAACGUCACAGGUUGGGGAAGAAGACCUGCAGCUCUACGUGCACUCAGUCAGAGAUUAAGCAAGGGCUUUAAUGAGGCUAUUAAUGGAUUUACUGAUGAAGGAUGGUCUAUGUUGGAAAGCGAUGGUGUUGAUGAUGUUACGCUUCUUGUAAACUCAUCUAUUGGAAGAAUGAUGGGUGUAAAUCCUUCGUAUGCUAGUGGAUUUCCUUCUAUGGGCAGUGCAAUUCUAUGUGCAAAAGCGUCCAUGUUGUUACAGAAUGUACCUCCAGCAAUUCUACUUAGAUUCUUGCGAGAACAUCGGUCAGAAUGGGCAGAUAGUGGUAUUGAUGCUUACUCAGCUGCUGCUGUCAAAGCUGGUCCCUGUAGCUUACCAAUCUCUCGAGCUGGAAGUUUUGGGGGCCAGGUUAUUCUUCCACUGGCUCAUACAAUUGAGCAUGAAGAGUCUAUGGAGGUCAUUAAGCUUGAAAACAUGGGCCACUAUAGGGAGGACAUGAUCAUACCUGGCGAUAUCUUCCUCUUGCAGCUUUGUAGUGGAAUGGACGAGAAUGCAGUUGGCACAUGUGCUGAGCUCAUCUUUGCUCCUAUUGAUGCCUCAUUCUCUGAUGAUGCACCUAUUAUUCCUUCGGGUUUCCGCAUUAUUCCCCUUGAUUCUGGAAUGGAUGCCUCUAGUCCAAAUCGCACUCUUGACCUUGCAUCUACUCUUGAAGUUGGAGCUGCUGGAAACAGAGCAGCUGGUGAUUAUUCUGGCCGUUGUGGGAGCACAAAAUCUGUCAUGACAAUAGCAUUCCAAUUUGUUUAUGAUAUCCAACUUCAAGAAAAUGUGGCAACCAUGGCUCGACAAUAUGUUCGUAGUAUUAUUGCCUCUGUGCAAAGGGUGGCAUUGGCACUCUCACCUUCCCGUUUUGGUUCUCAUUCUGGUUUUCGAUCACCACCUGGCACUCCUGAAGCACAGACACUCGCUCGUUGGAUUUGUCAGAGCUAUAGGUGCUAUCUGGGUGCAGAAUUACUCAAAAUUGAAGCAAAUGAAUUGGUUCUCAAAAAUCUUUGGCUUCACUCUGAUGCAAUUUUGUGUUGCUCUUUGAAGGCACUGCCAGUUUUUACAUUCGGAAAUCAGGCAGGACUUGACAUGCUAGAGACAACCUUGCUUGCACUUCAGGACAUCACUCUGGAAAAAAUAUUUGAUGAUAAUGGUGGAAAGGCUCUAUUCUCAGAGUUCCCACAAGUAAUGCAGCAGGGUUUCAUGUGCCUUCAAGGUGGUAUCUGCUUGUCCAGCAUGGGAAGGCCAGUCUCCUACGAGAGAGCAGUGGCUUGGAAGGUAUUAAAUGAUGAAGAAGAUGCUCACUGCAUCUGUUUCAUGUUCAUCAACUGGUCUUUUGUAUGAAAAGUUGGCAGUAAUUAGGGUAGAGAACAGUAUAUUAGAUGAAUCCUUGUCUACCAUUAGUUCUUUUUUUUUAACCGUGGGGAAACCUAUAAUAAGUGACAUGAUACUGUUAUAAGAUGCUGCAACAAAUUAGAAAUGGUGUCUGGGGCCUAUAUUUUGGUUACCCCAUUUUUUGUCUUUUGCUUUAUGCUUUACUACUGAUGGAUCGCUAUCCUCUGGGCUUUAAGUUUAUUUCUCCCCCACUGCCCAUCUUUUGAUAUUAAAACUUCAAUUAUGGC